GGCGUCCGUCUCAAGAAUCCCGUACCGAAUUAGUGAGAAUGUUUUUCGCGUGUCGCGUCGCUAACGGUUUUCGAGACCUUUCCGAAUAUCGCGGUCCGUCGAAUGUUUGUUUGUGAAAGUCUUAGAACAAAGCGAAGAAGCGAUUUUUGCGAGCGGAGCAGAUGCGAAGGUAAGCGCGUCCCGAAUUUUGUGCCCCUCGGCGUCCCUUGUCGGCCACCAGGACGAGGAGCGGAGGACAUCGAGGGGCGAGGAAGCAGCGGCCGACCACUAGCGAAGCCCUUAAUCAGCAAGCAGCCGUCGCGAGAGCCCAGCAAGAAAAAAAACGGGAGAGCCGAGAGAGGCAACAGGUGGAUUCACGAGGGCAACAGUGUCUCGAGACGAAAAGUGCCUCGAGACAAGAAUACCGAAAUCUGCCGAUUCCUGACUACCGACCACCACAGGACGAGGGGUGAAGCGACGAAGGAGGAUCCGCGAUACGUAAUCCUCCAAGAGAGAAACAGCUGGUAGCCUUACCGCGACUACCGCCGCAAACGGAGCAUAUUUCCGCAGAACGUCCUGUACCGAUCGCCGAGCGAGAGUGACAGAGAACGAGAGCGGAGAGAGAGAGAGGGAGUGGGAGAGAGCGCGAGAGCGAGGCAAGGGAGAGCGCAGUGGCAGAGAGAGAGAGAGCGGGGCGAGAGAAAGAGAGAGAGGAGCGAGAAGACAGAGGGAGAGCGGAGAGAGAGAGAGAGGAUCGCCGCCGCUGCCGUCACCGCCGUCGUCGGCAUCGACAUCGCCGCCGACUCAAGGGCCGCCGCCGAGCAAUGUAAGAUCGGGAGCGGUGCACUUGGACAAGGUGCAUUUGGACACAGCCAAUCACAGCACCGUGUGAUUAGAGACAUUUGUAGGGUCCCUUGGAACAGCGACUUGUGAUUGGACUGUGUUCAAUUGCCCCGUGUCCAACUGAUAUACACCCUGUAAGAUCGACCAUCUGCUCAAAAAUCUAAUUUUGCCGCGUAUCGGCUCGUGCAUUAUCGUGUCUCGUCCGCGGAGUGGUCGCGCGGUUAAUAAAAGGCUCGCCCGAGGAAAUCGUCCUCGGGCUUCGCGUGGCAUUCUCGCGAACAGUACCGUCUCCCGAGGAGCGUCGCCGUUACCACAUUAUAUCGCGUAUUGAAUAUCGGGACGUGCAAGAGUCCCCCAAUAAAUGUACUUUUCAUUAUCGA